AUGUCAUCGUCUUCCAGCUCCCAGCAGAAGGACCAGCAGGACAACAAAAAGUCGCAGCAGGACGGAAAGAAGCAAGAUGGCAAGCAGCAGGACAAGGAUGGAAAGAGCAAACCGAGAGAGAGCGUCGAGAGACCUCCGCUCGUCUACCUCACGAACAAGUGGAUUCAGGAGCUGACACAGCGCAUCCGAGCUCGACCUAUCCCAUGGGAAGGCUACCACCGCGCCGACCUGCUCAGCGCCGAGGAGCUCAAGAUGAUCAAGAGCGUCGACGCCAUUGUCGUGGGUCAGGAUCGAUCUAAGCUCAACCCUCUCUUGGACGAGCAAGGCCAAGACUAUGUCUCUCUAUACCUGCGUCUGCUGUCCAAGCUCAGCCGCACCGAUACCCUCCAGCAGAUCCUCGUUCUCAUCGACGACAUGCUCUCGGAUCGCGAUGAUCGUCUCGAGCUGUUCCUGUCGCUCAACGGUCAAGAGGAGCAGGAUGGAAUCGGCUUCCCAUGGAGGCCCUUCGUGAAGCUGCUUGAUGUGCCGGACGACUUUGUGCAAAUGAAGUCGGCGCAGUUCCUCACAUUACUCCUCGUCUUCUCCGCAUCACACCUCGAGCAGCCCAAGCCGCCUUCGUCGGUUCUGCCUCGUCUUUUGACGUUCCUGUCUUCGCUCCUGCGUGGCGCCAGCCAGAAGCCCAGCUCCAACUCGUCGGGGCGCGGUGCCAAUGCCUCUCCCGCCGCACGACGAACCUCGCCCGACUUUGCGGAAGGCAACGGACCCGAAAUCGCACUUGUCUUGCUGGAAUCCCUCCUUCGCACGCAAAAGUACCGCGAGGAAGCCUGGGAGAUCGACGUCGCCAAGAUGGGUCAAGCGCAAUCUUCCACUGGCAAAGGCAAAUCCUCCAAGAAGAACGAUGAUGACGAUAGCGACGGCGACAAUGACGACCAAGAGCAGCAGCACGAGGACGUCGAUCGAGGCUUCCUCUCCGAACUCGCAUACAUCUUGCGGCUCAGCAACGCCCCUGCUGGCGGUCCUUCCUUUUUGAGCUCCAACUCGCCAGCCGGCUCCGGUUCCGCCACCCCUUCUCGCCAGACCACCAGCAGCAACGCAAGCACGCUCGUCGUCGGCGCCAACAACGGCACCAACACCACGCGCGCCGGUACGCAGCUGGUCUACCAGGUCGUUCUCUGCCUGUGGCUGCUCAGCUUCAACGCCGACAUUGCGGCUGAGCUCAACGUCAAGCUCGGGCUGAUCCCGAUCCUGGUCGAUGUGGCGCGCAAUGCGGUCAAGGAGAAGGUGACGCGUGUGACGGUAGCCACGUUCCGCAACUUGCUCGCCAAAGCACCCGAUGCCAAUGCACCCGUGAUGCUGGGGAGCAAGUGUUUGACCUUGACCGAGAAUUUGCAGUCGCGCAAGUGGUCGGAUGACGAGAUCAACGAAGACCUCGAGUUCCUCAAAACCGAACUCAGCGAGCGACUCAAGACCAUGACGACGUGGGACGAGUACCUGUCGGAACUCCAGUCCGGACAGCUUACGUUCGAAUCGCCCUGUCACGAGAUGGACGAGUUCUGGAAGGAGAACGCGCCCAAAUUUGUCGAUGAAGACGGAAAAGUGUUGAAGCAGCUGGUGAAGGUGCUCAAGGAGAGCGAGGAUGCUACGACGCUCAGUGUGGCCUGUUCGGACGUGGGCAAGUUCGUCCACUUUUUCGAGCAGGGCAAGAAACGCGUGGGGGAGCUGGGCGCCAAGACGAGGAUCAUGGAGUUGAUGGGACACGACGAUGCUAAUGUCAAGUACUAUGCGCUGCAUACGGUGGGUAAGCUGGUCAGUGCUAGCUGGAGGUAG